AUGGAGGACGUGAACAUCCCGUCGGAACCCGUCGAAUCGGUGGGGCCGACCGAAGGAUGCGAAGCUGGUGAAGAGCAGGAGCUACGGCAGCCCGCCGACGCGUCCGACGCGAACGAGACGGAGCAGCUGGAGAAGAUCCUGGCGCUGCAGGACGGUGACUCCACCAAGUCGUCCAUGGAGAGCUCCUUCACCGUGACCGACUGCAACUGCUCGUCGCUGAUCGAGCGCACGGACAAGCUGGACGCGAACGAGCUGCAGCUGGACGCGAAGGUGAGCGAGCUGAUCGAGGAUCUCAUCAAGCCGGAGCUGGAACAGUGUGGCGAGAAGCUGAGGGCGCUGACCAUCGGCGAGACGACGGUGGUAGCUUGCACGACCGCUGGCGGUGGCGGCGCGGUGGUUGGAGGCGGCGAUGGCAGCGAUAGCGGGGUCGAGUUCGGUGCCGGAUCCGGUUCCCUCACGGACACGGGCGUGCUGCAGCGGGCGCUGAGCAACAAUAGUGCCGGUUACGCAAGCAGCUGCUGCGGGCUGGACGGGGAACCGAACGGGAUGAGCAUGUCGUGCAACUCGAGCAUGAUAAGUUACAGCUCGGAUAUCUACGAUAAGACUGGCAGCACGGUGCUGUGCGGGCGCCUCAGUACGGAUUACUGCGCGAGCGAGGGUGGCAGCGAAAGCUCGUCGGUUACGGGCGGCCCGGUCAGCUCGCUGCGCAAGGCUGGUGGCUGUGCGGUGAAGAAGAAGGUGGCGGUGAAGGAACCACCGGCCAGCCGGUCGCCCCGGAAGUCGACCGAGAGUGUGUCGAGCAGUGGUCGGAGUAGUUCGCGGUCGCGCGGUUCAUCGUUGGGUCGGUCGGUUUCGCUGAACCUCAAGUCGACGCCACCGGCUUCGGCGCUGAGUGUGGCCGCCGCCGCCAGAGAGCGGGCACGCUCGAGGGAUAAGUCCGUCUCGUCGACCGGCACGACGGCCAGCAGCUCGAUGUCGGGUAGCGUGAAUCGCAUUCAGCAGACACCCAUCAAACCGAUGCCACCGCCAAGGCGCCCGCUGAAACCGGACUCGCUGCCGACGGGCAUCAAGGAUUCGCCGUCCGGGCAGCGGGUGACCGUUUCGCGCACUCCGUCCAUCACCCGCGGGCGCACACCACUCGGAACGCCGACCGACGACGGUCGGUGGCCGUCGGUUGGUGGCAGGGGAGGGCCCAGUUGUGGCGGCGGUAAUACAACACCCCGUUCCACCCGAGCGAGCUCGGUCGUGCCCGAAGGGUUGUCCGUCAAAACGCGCGUCGGACCUUUGGCACUGGACGGGCCAUCCAAGCCUUCCACCGGCACCACCGGUUCGCCGAUGAGUUUGCCCAGCGGAGUGGAUAAAUUCGCCACGCUCCCACGGCGACGAAAAGAACGCUCGGCCGAAGAUCUAAAGGCUGGGGCGGGCAGUGGCGCCGGUUCUCGUAGCAACUCCGUAACGCGCGAACAGGUCUCCAACCGCAUGGCCAUGUCACUGUACAAGAAGGUGCCUACGACGGCAACCACCACCAACAACAAGUCGGACCAGCAGGGUAUGGCCUCGAACAAAUCGAUCUCGUCCUCUCACUCCCGCCUCGGCGCGAUGGCUUCGUCGCUCUCCUCGUCGUCGGCCGCGGCGAAAAAGUUGUUCCAGAAAACAAAGAUCUACCACGAAACGAGCGUACAGACGGCCAUCACCUGCCAGGACGUGGAGGACGCGUUCGGUGGGAACGCGAGGAACAUCCGCAUCGAUGCCGUCGAGACGGCCACCAAACAAACCCAAUCGGACAUCCGCGACAAAGAGAUGGAACGGCUCGAGGAGAAGCUGAAGAAGAUCACCACCGAGUACACCACGCUCAUGUCGAAGUUGUCGGAGAAGUCCCAACUGGUGACCUCCCUCGAGCAGAAGCUGCUGGUCGAGCGCGAGGAAAAGCUUGCCGCUCAACGGGAACUGCAGAACAACACCGACCGGGUGCUGGGCAUGCUCGAGUCCAUGCAGGCCAUUCCCAACAACGCCGACACCGGCGACUGCGACAGUUUGCUGAUGCUGGAGUCGCAGCUGCAACUGUCCGGCACGGUGUUGGAGAAGAAACAGGACGAGAUCGUACGGCUGCAGUCGAUCUGCCGGGCGCUGCAGAUGGACAUGGAGCGCUCGCUGAAGAACCAGGAGGAGCUGCUACGCCAGAAGACUGAGCUCGAGGAGGAAUCGAGCGAAAUGCAAGACUUCCUGCAGGUGGAAAAGCAAUCCUGCAUGGACGCACUGAAGGAGGCCGAGCAGGAGGUGGCCCUGCUGCGGCAAAGCUUGCAGCAGCGGGAGAGCAGUAUCGAGCGGCAGCAGGAAGAGUGCCGCCAUCUAGUCCGAAUAUCUGAGCAGAGAAGACAAGAAUACCUGGGAAUGCAAGCAAAGUACAACGCCCUAGAGAGUCGUUCGAAAGAUAUCCUACUGCAACAAGGGGCCGCCGUCUCCGGUGCGUCGGUGGCACUCUCCGGACUCGGUUCGCGGCUGGACAACCUGGUCGAGCAGUUAAUUGCAUCCUACAACAUCUCGGAGCAGGACCUAGAGGACGUAAUAUACCACAAUGAGGCGUACACAAACAGUGCCAGCAGUGGUGACGGCAGCCCAGAAUACGAGCAAACGUCCGACAAGUAUCCGUCCGAUUCCAAACACCAACAGCAACAUCUGCAACACCAGCAGCAGUCGCAGCAACAGGUGGCUCAGGGUAACGCGAAGAGUGGCUUCGAUGGAUGCGAUGUGCCACUUUCGCCGCAACGUGGCCAAUCGUUUAUCGCAGCCGUCAUAAGUGCGAUCAAGAACGCGACUAGCAAAACGACCAGUGUAAAACCAGCCGUACCUACUAAUGGGGCCGCUGGCCAUGCGAACAAGGAGUGUCGCGAAAGUAAUGGCCAUGAAUCGGACUCAACGGAAAUGCUCGACUCGGAAACGGAACCGUGCCUGAUGAUGGACAACGUGCUGGAAGACGUCACGAUGCCGGAUUCGCACUCACACAACAUGGUCUCGUCGUCGACCCGCAUUUCACAGAUCGAAAUGCCGUCGUCGAUGGAGAGCGGAGUGUGUGCAAACGCGCCCAGCGGACACAUGAUGAUGGCACAUGACGAAUCGCUCGACAACCUCUCACAGGCCAUCGCCAACCGGCAACAGAUCGAGCUGCAAUCGAACAUGAUCGCCAGCGGGCGUUCCUCGCGGUUCCACCAUUCGACCAGCAGUGAUCAGCAGGCGCGCAACUCGGCCGCAACGAUGGCCUCGUCGGCGGCGGCCGGUGGUGCGAUUACUACGGCCACACAGGACCACACAACCGCAAGUCACUCGUCCUCGCUGGACGACGACGAGAAUAGUUGCUGCGCGGAAGCAUCGAUGGCCGAAAUGCCCUCCAUCUGCGAGUAUUGCAACGCGCAGUCGCUGGUUGAUCAAGUGAUCGAUGUCGAUAAUCUGAUCACCAAGCUGCUGAAGGUCCUGCGGAUCGUGCAGAUGGACAACGAUCAUUGCAUCCAAGAGCUGAUCAAUCAUAAGAACAAAUUGGCGAUAUCUAACGAGGAGAUUCAUGAUCGAGUAAAGGAGUACGAGGAGCUGAACUACAAGCUGCAGGAUGACCUGAAAGAUGCCUACCAUCAGCUGCAGCUGCGGGGAAGUGAACUGAAUAGUAAUAAGGUUGAAUUGGUAAAGCACCGCAAGGAAAUUGAUAAACUAAACGAAGACAUCUGCCAGCUGAGCACACUUUGCAGUGAUAGUAAGCAGGCCAAAAAGAUUGUGAUCGAUCGUGAGGAGAUCUUGAAUGCAUUUAAACUUUGCAAUGAAGAUGAAGCUGUACCGGAGCAGGAACUGUCACAGUUCAUCGUACAAGCUUGUACUGAGAUACCCAAGCUUAAAACAAUGCUGUAUGAAAAGGAGCAGCAGUUGGCGAAAAUGGCUAGUAAUGCGUCGAAUAGUCCAAACAUCGUUAUGACAGCUAGCUGGCACCAAGCAUUGAGCGAGGCCAAGCGACAGUAUGAGGCCAUCGAUCGUGCACUAGAGACUUUGGACAGCGUAAAAUCGAUUGUACAACAAACGCCGGCCCUGAUGGAGCUGCAGCGAGACCUGGAGGAAACGAACUUUGCGGCCGCCUCCAGCUUUCCGCUGGUGACCGCCGCACAGCUGAAUCAUCUAAACUGCGCUGGCGCGAACGGAAACAUUGCCGGCGGACUGAAUGGCAACGGGAACGGUAUUAUCGAUCUAAACGCAAACGAAACAACGACAAUGGGCGACAAUGUGGCCGGUGGUGUUGUCGGUGCCCCAGCAGCGGUAGCAGGACUACAGCUUAGUCAGGGUGCUGAUGCAAGCUGUUACAUCGAUUCGACUGCGUAAAAUUGACUUGUAUUUGGGAGAAGUGUGUAAUUAUUGUUUUGCUGACUAUCCUCCAUGUUCUGCUUAGUUUUCUUACUUUUUAAUAAUUCUUUGUUCAUUUAUCUUUGUACUCAUUAUGUCAU